CCGUCAGUGAUCACGUGUCAUCUACUACAACUCGCUGAAGUUGGAGAAAAGUUUUGACAAGCCCCGGAAGAGUUGCUGAAGACCCAGGAAAAGGAGUCACAUUGUCGGAUAAUAAACGCUGUUUUAUCGCCGGACAAACGAUGGAAUCCGUCGCUCAGAAAGUGCUGACUUCAGGGUUCAACCUUGAUUUGGGGCCUCUGAAAGAGCCGCUGGCUUUCAUCCGUUUGCUAGAAUGGGUGUUCUCCAUAUUUGCCUUUGCUACGACUGGAGGCUACAGCGGCACCACCAGCAUCAACAUCCAGUGUCAGGGGCGGGGCAGUGAAGAAAUACACGCAAGCUUUAACUACCCAUUCAGGUUGAUGGAUAAUCCUUAUAACAUUCCUGACUGCAAAAUCAAUCAAACGACCACCACCACUGCUUACCUGACUGGAAACCACGCAUCCUCUGCACAGUUUUACGUCUGUAUCGGGGUGUUUGCUUUCCUCUACUGCAUCGCCACACUAGUCCUCUACUUGGGCUACCAGCACGUCUAUAGGGAAUCUAGUCGUGGACCCACUGUGGACCUGUUGGUGACGGGAGCCUUUGCCUUCUUGUGGUUGGUAUCUUCCUCUGCUUGGGGUAAAGGCUUGUCUGAUGUGAAGUGGGCCACCGAUCCUGUGACCAUUGUAAGCCUUACUGAAGUUUGCAAGGGUAGCACCAACAAGUGCACCCCAGGUGCUAUGCCUCACAUGGGCCGACUAAACGCCUCCGUGAUUUUUGGUUUUCUUAACCUUAUCCUGUGGGGCGGUAACUGCUGGUUCAUUUACAAGGAGACGCCAUUCCACAAAUCAGCCAACCAGCCUGCAGAGGUGGAGGGAGGAGUUGGGCCAUCGUAACUACACAGCUUCUUCAUUUCAAAACUGCCCUACAUGUAGUUUUAUUAAAUUAGUCAUUUUGGUACUAUUUGUUCAAAGAUAAUUCCUGUAGAUUACAAGACAUACAUUUCUAAAAUGGACUGCUCCUUUUUUGUAUUGAUUUUACAUUUAAGCCUGUUUAAUCUCAAGUACAUUUCAGAAACUAAAACUUGAGUUUAUAUUGAAAACGAUACAAUCUUUAAAUAAGAGCAGUCAAAUAUGUUAAUCGGACAGAUGCUCAGUUUGUAUGCUGUAACAUAUUUAUACCCAGGUAUUGAAAACAAAGUGUCCUUUAUUUCCGAUGGUACUGCAGGUGUGGACUGUACAGCCUUAUUAGUGAUGAAUCAUAAUGCAGCGUCUCUGUUACCUGCCAGCAGUAUUUCUGUACCAUACAGUACAUCAUUUCUGCCAUCAGCAUUUUCUUUAAAAAACAAACAAACCAACCAAAUAAACUCAGGGCUAUUAACUGUGCAAAUUAUAAGAUGCCUAAUAAAUAAAUACCUGAAGUGCAUUUAUUAUUAACAUAAGUCUAAACAAAUUUUAGUUCAAUCGUAAGACAUACAAGAAGCAUUAAAAAGUAUUAAUGUAAAAUAGUUGCUCAUUGGAAAAAUAAUUCUGUUGCCAAUAUGAGAUUAUUUAUAAUGGUUUUGUAUCUUUUUUUUUUCUUUUUUUUUUACAUUAACUUGCACCUCAUCAUCUCACUAAGUAAAGGCUAAAUUUACUGUUUUAGUCUCACAGCUGAAUAUUCCGUUGAAUGUAGUGAAAAUCUCCGUUUAGAGGAUUUCAAACUUUUAAAAACUUACUUGGUAGAAUUUGUGAUCUUUUUCCUGAAAGGACUGUUCUCUUUAUCCUGAAUGUUUCUAAUAUUUAAAAUUAAGGAAUUUCUAAAACACCCCAGAAAUGUACUAUGUUAUUUCAGAGCUAAUGUACUAUCAGUUGUAUAGCCUUAGCUAGUUGUUAGUAGUUGGUAGUUGCUGUUUAUUUGCCUGAUAUCUAACCUGUUACUAAUUAAUCGCAUACUUGUUUUGUUGCUUUUGUCUGGCUUCUACCUUCACUUUGUUUCAAUGGAAGCCAAGUGUUUUUUCUCUGUUACUGACAUCAUUAUGAUUUCCUACUUUGAUAUAGUCUGCUUGAUUCACAGUUUUGAGUUUGAUCCACCACUGUGCUGAUAAAAGUGUCACAUAGAUGAGACUGGAGUUCCUGUUACAGUCCAGGAAGAUUCUGCAUGGACAUGAAAUGCUGUGUGUUAUUAAAAGGAAGAACUGGA